UACAACUCGCAUGUUAUAAAAACACAGCAGUAGCAGCAGCGAAUGGUUAGAAAACAACAACAAUGAAACUACCAAAUACAAAUUUCCAAGAAUUUUGAAAAUUUAAGUGCUUCAUUAAAAUGCAACAUUAAACAUAAAAACUAAUAAAUUUUUAAUAAAAUCAACAAAUAACUGCUUAUAAUAUAAUAUUUGAGCGAAAAACUAAGAAAAGAACCAACAUUUGGGUAGAUAUUUGUAAAAAUACUUGGUAGUAAAAAUUCAAAUUCCAAGAAAAACAACACACUAAAAUUAAACGGAUUUCCUGGAAAAACAAAUUCAAACUCAACACAUACAUAAAGAAAAGCCACUUUAUAGGGGCUGCGUAAAGGACUUUAAUGGGCCAAAAGGCUUCGGAUAAAAGUAUUUUAUACAUAAAUAACAACAAAACGUGAUAAAAACACUUAAAUAUAAAUAAAUACAGAAAUGACUAAUAACAUUAAUGAGUACAUAAUGUUUAUAUUCGUAUUUUUACUGGCAACUGGCCUGUUAUCUGGCAAUAGACCAGUGUCAGCAAGUGCGAAUAGAAUGUAUAAUCAUCCAGGUGAGACAUUUCCCAUCACUGUAGAGGCAGCUAUCGCAACUGAUUUUAAUAUAACAUGUUAUAUGAACCCAAAAACGUUUCCGGGAAAAAAUUCAACCUGUUUGUAUUUCGUUAUUGGCCGGACAAAUGAAGAGUUACCGCGAGAGAAUAUCAGAACGGUAAAUGGUACUACCAUUAUAUACACGGUACGUAAUGCCAGUGAACAGCAGACAGAAUAUCGAUGCAAAUGUGGUCCUGAUGCCAUAAUGGAGACAAAAGUUUUCGUGGGUUCCCGACCUAGGCCAGUCAAAGACUUUUCAUGUCGUAGUUACGAUUUCGAUCAUAUGAUUUGCAAUUUCACCAAACCACCAAAUCCCAUACUGACCACAUACAAUGUUUCGUACUUUAACGAUUUCGCCAGUUACAUUUAUCAGCCUCAUUGCAAUUACGAUGAUCGAAAUCUAGUUGUUUGCAAUACAUCGCUAAGUGACCGUUAUCAGGAAAUGUACCAUUUUAUAAUAGAGUCUAGCAAUGCUCUUGUCAAACCGCACGAACAACCACUAAUUCAGCGUUUCGAUAUAAACAAUUUCGAAAUAAUGAUACCCGACAAACCGGGCGAGAAUAUGCGUGUUGAAAGUCUCACGGUGGACAGCAUUAAAGUGUCAUGGCAAAUGGCAACUUGGGAAAAAUAUCGUUCAAAAGGAUUGCAAUGGGAAAUUCUAUUGCAACCAGAAAACUCGACAAUUAUGCAGUGUGAGGCACCCGUACGAGAGCACAAUGAGUUGCGCUUGCGUCUGCAUAAUUUACCUUAUGCAUAUUGGCACUACAAAUUGAUGAUACGUGUUCGUGUCAGAAAUCCAAAUGCCACUUGGAGUGAACAGUUUGUGUAUACAUUUCGAACGGCAGCCCGUCGACCAGAGCGUCCACCACGAGUUCAGCCAGGCAGUUUUUAUAUUGACUCGUCGGAAACUCUCAUUACAGUAUAUUGGGAGGAACUAAUGCCACACGAAUAUAAUGGCGACAAUUUUACAUAUGCAAUAACAUCACUACAACCUAAUGGCAAAGUGACAGAUUUAAAGCCGUGGCACCAAGAAAAAAAUCUCGCCAAGUUUUUGUGGCAAAAAGAUUUAUAUUAUGAAUUUGAAAUACGAAGUAAAAAUCACAUAGGUGAGUCUGAGGAGGCCAGUCGUUUAAUUAUUUAUCCGACAAAUCAACGAAAUCCGAAAGAUUUUACCCCUCAAGCUAUACACAAUGUUUACCAUGGUAAUAAUCUGACAUACACCUUGACAUGGCUAAAACCUAAACAUUUAACGGGACUUGCAAGCUUUACGGUAUAUUGGUGUUACACCAAAAGAGCAUUGCGCAGCGAAUGCAAAGAAUCAAUGAAUUUUCAACAAAUACCUGCUGAACAGCUGAACUUCACUACACAAGCACAGAAUGCUUCGGAAGAACGUAAUCUUAACUUGGCAGUUUCUGCCAACUAUAACAAGUUCAAUACUGGUCUUCACUGGACCGACUGCUCCAUGGAUAUAGUUAAUAUUGAUUUAGUUAAAAUGGAUCCUGAAUUAGUAGUAUCAGCAAAUUCAAUUAAGGUUCAGUGGAGUGUUGAACGCGUGUGUCCCUCUAUUUUAGACGGCUUUAAUAUAACAUAUUGUGAAGUUGCAAAUAAUGUUACCGCCGAAAAUGCUACAUGUCUGCGUAAUAAGGCCAUUUCAAAAGUAGCCGACAAGUAUGAUAAAAAGUAUUUUAUAAAAGAAUUAAAGCCAUUCACCAUGUAUAAAGUAACGAUGUUUAUGUUCUGGCGCACUAAAAAAGGGAAGCCAAGUGAUCCUCAAAUUGUUCGUACUUUAGAGGGUGCUCCCUCGCCACCCCGACAAUUGCGCGUUGAAGGUAUAACCAACAUCAGUGCAACAAUUAGAUGGUUUGAACCCACUUAUCCGAAUGGUAAAAUACGCAAAUACAUCAUAAUGCUAAAUAAUGAUCAAAUUGAAGUGAAUGCUUCAACAUUAACGUAUCAUCUGAAGAAUUUGGAAAGUUUUACAGCAUACAAAGUGUAUGUGUUGGCGGAGACGGUUGAAAGGUCUGAAACGAGCAAUGAUGUCCAUUUCGUAACUGCAAUUGGUGUUCCAACACCACCCGGUAUUGGGCCUAAUAACAAUGUAAACAAUAUCAUGCAGUGGAACAAACCCGUAAUACCUCGUGGUUCUAUUGACUUUUACGAAGUUCGAGUGACAGAACUUGAAAAUGAUAACAUAUUAAGACACCGUACUAGUAUUAUUAUGGGAGCCACUGCUUGUUCGUUUAGUUAUACCUGUAUAGGAGCCAAAUACAAAACCAAAGUUGAUGUACGAGCCGUAAAUGCAGCACCGCGUACCGACAAACAAACAUUGAAUGUAUAUAGUUCUCAAAUCCGAGAUGACAUUUAUAAUGAGUACGACGACUUGGAAUGUAUGGCAACAGCUUCAAAGUCUCUCGAAUACACUGAGCACAUGAACAAAUAUAUGAAUGAUUCGAUGUAUGUGUUAUACAAAUCAGAUUGGCAAACUACCGCAAUCAAUUUGUGUUCACCAAGUCCUAUGAGUGAAAUAACAACAAUUGCUUUGGUCGUGGUUGCCAUGUCGUUGGGUGUUAUGGCAGCCUUGUAUAUGGCACGUAAGAAAUAUAAUAAAAUGGCGAAUAUUAAUUGUACCCUCCCAGCUGGUCUGGAAACGUACUUUACUAAGGAGGCCGGAGGUGGAUUUCCCGGUAAUUUUGGCGGUGGUAGUCAUUCUAUCAAAGAUACAAGAAUAGUUGAAGAUCAAUGGAUAAAUGUAGCCCGCAUGCAUGAUUUCAACUUUCGCAAUGAACAUCACCAUUUGUUGGCCUCUCUGGGCAACGAUUCAGGCUAUUUAGGUGGUGGUGGGGGCGUUAAUAAUAGUGGUGAUGCCCUUAACGAACACAUAUUGGGUUGCAGUUUAGAAACUGCAAAUAUUUCAGAAGUAAAUGUUCCGUGCAAUGAAGGUGCCGAGGAGUAUGAGAAAGGGCAGUUAAAAGAAAGUCUAAAUUCGGCUUCAACUUCGGCAGAUUCUUUGGUUGAAAGUACAGAAGGAUCUGAAUGCAACAACUUGGAUAUGGAGCGAUCACCACUUGCAAUAUUUCCAAAUAACAACGGCUAUAUUAAACAAUCAUUGUUACAGCCAUGGCAAACGUUCAACAAUCGGGAUGAUGAUGAUGACGACAGUUCGCAAUUACCAACAAUACCGGCUGCUACAAGUGGUUAUAUAACUGUUCAAAAUUUAAGUAAUGCCCUUGCAAAAGCAAAUAGCCAACAACCAACUAACUUUGUCCCCACCACUGGUGGCUAUGUAUUGCAGCAAGAUUUGCAAAAUUUGUUUAAUAAUAAAUCGCCUACUACAAAUACUUCGGAGCCAGUUGGAGAAAAUAUGCCACAAUUCAAUGGUGGUGGCUAUACUACCCUAGAGAGUCUAACUAAAUUAAAUUUGCACACAUCCUUAGCACCACAAAGUGAAAUAAAUCACCAUCAACAACAACAACAGCUACAUGAGGCCUCAAACAUAAAUCCACCUGAAAUUAUUGCUGAUUGUGUUGCUAGAGGCGAUGGCGAUGUUGCAAAACCCGGCGUUAUUUCCGGAUAUGUUACACAGCAUGAUUUGAACUUAUUUGCUCAACAUCAGCAUAAUCAUUGAAUUGAGCUAAGAAGAACUGAAUUUACUUUUUUAUAUGUUGUAUUAUGUAGUAUUACAAUUACGUUUUAACGAACAACUGCUAUAAAAUUACUGAAACUAAAAACAUAUGAGAGCUGGCUUCCCCUCACCAAUUACUAGUAUGUUUCAUGACAAAAUUACUUAGAAACAUGAUUGAAAAACCAACCAACCUAUUCAAUACGUCCAUAAUGUAAACAAAACUUCUCCGUAACUGCUGCAUGAAGUUGUAUUAUUUUUUCAUAAUUUAACAAACCACAAAUUAAUAAGAUAAAGUAUUUUAAUAUAAGUUCUUUAUUAUUAAUUAUUGCUCGUUUUGAGAUCAAAAUUUAUAAUUGUUAAGUCUAGUUCUAAGAUUGAUAAUAAUCAUGCAAACAAAUCUCACCAUUAUUUCUUUUCUAAACGCCCAUUUCUAUUGUGAUUUUCUAAACAUAUUUCUAAUUUAAGUUUUUAUUUUAGUUCAAUACUCAUCAUGUCGGUAUUCAUUUUAUGCGCAAUUUUCAUUAUCAUUGAUCAUGUUGAAUAUUUUUACUUUUUUUUUAAAUUAAUUUCACAAAAUAUGUGUGUAUGUACUUACUUAUUUUGGACAGAAACAAAAGUAAGACGUUAGUUUUUUAAGUGCGGCCUUACAUUUUUUGUAAAACAAAAUAAAUCUUACAUUGCUUUAUUAUUUUUGAAAUACAAGAAAUAUCGUAUAUUUUCAAAAACAAAAA